GUCUCUCCAUCCAGACGCAGAAACAGUGCUCACGCAAACAUCCUCAGUCAUGUUGAAAUUUGGCGUGAUAGUUCUUUUUCUAGUUUACGUCCCAACAACUGUGGCGACCACAUGUGAUGCUUGUAAAACCACGUAUACUGCAGACAAGGCUGCCCCCGCUGACAAUCCAGCAAAAUGCACUGCACUCGCGAAAUAUUUGACCUGUCUGGAGGGGUCUGAGAAGAAUGACGCCGGGUGUCAGCUGGCAACUGCUGAUGCGACUAUCAUAAAAACUGAAUAUGACAGCUUUUCUUGUAGUACAGAGGCAGCAUUUACGGAUACCUGCAUAUGUCAGAAAGACUUCUGGAAGACCGACCAAAAAAGCGGUGCUGCAGCUGUUUGCGGCGCCUCCAUGGCUUACAUUGCGUGCUUGAAGGGGAAGACAAACAAGGCCUGUGAUGGUUCCACUGACGUAACAGCUCUGGCUACUGGCGUAGACACCAGGAUAACAAAACUGGGAAAAGCACACUGUCCUGUCACCCCCACCUGCCAGUGUGAGAUUCAUAAUGCUGAAUCAGACAUUUCCACUGAUGCUAAGAAGUGCACUGCACUGACUGCUCUGAAGACCUGCCUUUCAGCCAUCACCUCUACAACAGCUACCGGAUGUAUCACUGGCACUCAAGCAACCCUUCUGACUGACACGAACACCAAGUUAGCCACGUGUGCCGCGGAUCACGUGACCUUUGCAAUGACGUCACUGGUCGUCUCAGUUCUUGUAAACAUGUUCCUGUGGCGGCCAUCUGUGCUGGCUCUUUGAAACUCCUGUUUGUUUUAAAUUGGUGUUAGUGAUAGUGUGUUUCCCAUUUUCUAUCAUCUUUAUAAUGACGUGCUUUCUAAAUAUGUUCCGUUGUCAAAGAAAAUCGAAGUGACUGAUUUGAGUAUCCGAAUGGAGGUGUCUUGAGAAUUUCCGACAAAAAAAGAAAUAUUUGUAUGACUGCUAUGUAUGACGUGGGCUACACAUAAUUCAUGUUACCACUGACGAACAAUAUAGGGUCAUACAAAUCCUGUGAUAUGCCUAAAUGUGCAUCUUUGGUUCCGAUUUUGAUAAAUUAUGCAGCUUGUAUGCUGUUGUUCCAAUCAUGAUAAUCUGUAGGAUACUCACAUGAAUCAACCCACGUGUUCCGUACCAUAAUGACGUGUUGAUGAAAUACUUGUUGAUUGUUCUCCUGAAAUAAACGGUACUGUUCGCGAAGCCAAAUAAUAUGCUGUUUGUUAACAAAUACAAUUGUUAUCACAACUGUCAUACUCUCCCUUAUGCCACACUAAUUUCGUAAUCCUCGUCAUGAACCAUUGUACGAAUUAUUCGAAUGACUAAACUUCUCAUCACUCGUAAUAAGAAACGAAAUAUGACCAUGAGAUACUGUAUAAGUUUAUAUAAAUCAUCUUGUAAGAUCAA